CACUGUUGUGAAACAGGGAUGUUUGGGAAACCCUUUGGUGCAAACAAACGUGUGGAAGUGUAACAUGGCAUGUCUUCGAAGAGGCCCCUACGAAAGUGUCUCGACAUAGUUCCUCUUCACCCCGAUCUGAUGCACGUGACUUCACCAGAACUGGCGAGAAGGGUCCAAUGGAUCCAAGCAAAUUUCCUCGAAGGUCUUCCAUUCCCAAAUGAUGAGUUUGAUUUUGUACACAUCAAAAGAAUUGCGAGGGGCGUACCGGAGGAUAAAUGGGAUGAUUUGUUUGAGGAGAUCUCUCGUGUAAUGAAGCCCGGUGGAGCAUUGGAGACUUGUCAUUCCCUGGUAAACCUUCUGAUAAAUCUCUCGAAACUG